AUGAGGACUGAUGAUAUCAUCGCUGCGCUUGCGGGGACAUAUUCCCUGAUAAACAGCACCGCCCCCUGGGGCAGCAACCCAGUCGGCCUCCUAACCUACACCCGUUAUGGUUACAUGGCGGCGAACACCGCAGCCACGGAGGAGAGCCUGCGGCCGGCGAACAUUCGCUGGCCCCCGAAAGACACCGACGCCGAUGAGGAUUGGGUCUUGGUGGGCAGGCACGCCAUGUCGUACGCAGGGCCCUUCAGUGUUAGCCCAUCUGUGCCGGCGACAAAGUAUAGCGGCCAACUCCUACAUGGCCCUAUCGUAGCCGCAAGUGUGCCGGCCAUGGUCGGGUCGACGUCGAAACGCAACUAUGUUGUACACGAACGGGAAGAAGCAACUUAUUUGUCGGAGAUAUGGUGGAAGCGGGUGUUGCGUUUCUCAGGGCUUGCGCUCGUAAAGCUGUGGCCGGCUCCAACGCCUUUCGUUGGCACUUUCGGUCAGGUUCCGUCCGGAUCCUCAGGAAGCUCCAUCUCCCUGAAAGUGAUCUCGAUAGGCACCAUGAAGUUCCGCCAUCGUCUUAAACGUCUUCGCGAGCGCUACCGGCGGUUGCGAGGGAGCCGGCCAACAGGUGCCGAGUCUUCCAAUCUUCCCGACCCCGAAGGUGACUGCGUGCCCCCCGUCGAGCAUGACCCGAUCAAAGCAUUCACGAAUUGGGCCCACCCCAAACCAAGUAUGAUUAAAUAUGCCCGGUCCGGGCAUGCCACGCCUCCAAACUGUGUCGACCCUGAACCCGAGACUCAAGAACCGUCCACAGGCCUCUGGGACCGCGCGUACAAAGCACUCGGGGAACAGGAGCCAAGGCUAGUUGAGAAGUAUGAGGACUUGCUAUUCGACGAGUUAGAGACAAUAGAUGGUACCGCGGACGGGGCCAACGAUACUAUGACUGCCAACACGAGCGACAAAUUGGGCCGGGAGCGAUUGCAAACAAUAGUCGAACGAGGCCUGAAGCGGUUGGAAGAAAAGAAGCUCAAAUACACUAUUGCCGGCCACGAAAUCGCCGUGGGGGACCGUAUUGCUCAGGCUGCCGACCUGGUGCUGUGGGCCAAGGACUGGAUUUCUUUCGCCACCAAGACCUCGCCCGAGGCCUCCAUCGCCUGGGCUGGCAUUUCCGUUGUCCUCCCGCUUCUCACGAACCCCAGAACCGCCGAGGAAGCCAAUCGUGACGGCUUUGCUUAUGUGACCACUCGGAUGAGCUAUUAUGCGGCUUUUGAGCCUCUGGUUUUCCGCCUUGGCCAAAGUUGCAACCCCGGCGACGAAGAGCUGAUGGCCCAAGUCACUACGCACAUUGUGGACCUUUAUGAGAAGAUUUUGGAAUUCCAACUCCGAACCGUACUCAGAUUCUAUCAAAGUCGCCGUCGGGGACUUGCACGGGAUAUGGUCCGGUACGAUGACUGGGAAGGGUGGCAGAGAGAUAUCACACGACUAGAGGAUGUUGUCAAUCAAGAUCUAGAGCGUAUCAACGCUUUCGUGGCGAGAGAGAAGCUGGAGGAACACAACGAGAAAUUGGAAGAGCUGAGGAAGGCGAGCGCCCGGUCCCUCGGCGCCAUGCAGGGGUUACUCGCUACUCACCAGGAGCACCUCCAAGUUGCGAAACAAGCCCUUGAGAUCCAGACAGGCAUGGUCAAGCAGAAUCGGACCGACAAGGAGGAACAGUGUCACCAAUUGUUCCGCCUGACAGCAGGGACUAAGGAUGUCUCGUACGAGUGGUACAAAGACCGCGUGGAAGACAGGGUGGAAGACACCUGCCAGUGGUUUCUCGGACACGACAACUUCAGACAGUGGCUCGAUCAAGAUUCGGGGCCACUAUUGGUUUCAGCAGACCCCGGCUGCGGCAAGUCAGUGCUAGCAAAAUAUCUGAUCGACCACGCGCUGCCUAGGCCACCCAACGGCAGUAUCUGCUACUUCUUUUUCAAGGACCAGGACCAGAACACCGUCAGCCAAGCGCUCUGCGCGCUACUCCAUCAGCUCUUCACGCACAAGCCUCUUUUGAUCCGCCAUGCAAUGUCGAAGCAUGCCCAAGACGGCUCGGCUCUGGUCAGAAACACCGCAGCGUUGUGGAGCAUUUUGGAAGACGUUAUACAGGAUGUACAGACGGGGCCCGUUAUCUUGGUCUUGGAUGCGCUGGACGAAUGCCUGGAACCCGAGUUUCGGGACCUAGCCCGGAGGCUGAAACAACUCCACCGAAAGAUGCGGCAUCAAUCUCACGGCAAGAUCCGGACUCUGCUAACUUGUCGACCAUAUGAGGGUAUCGUCGCAGAAUUCCGGGAUCUCGUCGGCGAUUUCCCAUUCAUCCGCAUCCCAGGUGAAGAUGAGUCAGAUGCCAUCGGCAGAGAAGUGAAUCUUGUUGUCGCCCAUCGAGUCGAGCAACUCGCGCAGGAGAAGGAGCUCGGGGAUGAAGUCAAGGGACGCCUGAAACAGAGGCUACUUGAGAUUAAGCAUCGCACCUACCUUUGGGUAUAUCUUGUGUUCGACUUCCUGAAAGAGUUUGAUUUCAAGAAGACCAUGAAGGGUGUCGAUGCUAGCAUUGCAACGCUGCCUGAUAACGUCAACCAAGCAUACGAGAAGAUUCUCACCAAGUCUCGCGAGACCUCCAUGGUUCGGAAAGCGUUGAGCAUUAUUUUGGUGGCAGGCCGGCCUCUAACGCUAUCGGAAAUGAACAUCGCCGUCAACACAGACACUGAUGCCAGCACCCCGGAGGCCCUCGACCUAGAAUCGGAAAAGGAUUUCCAAGCACGCCUGAGGAAUUGGUGUGGACUGUUUGUCUCGGUGUACCAUGGCAAGAUCUAUUUCCUCCACCAGACAGCCAGGGAAUUUCUGCUCGCCCCUCCAUCGCCACUGAUGGCAGCCAUACCGACUUCACAUUGGCAGCAAUCUAUCACAGCCCGCAGUGCCCACCAAGUCCUUGCUGAGGUCUGCGUUGCCUACCUCGAUCUGUUCAAUUCACCCGAGACUUCUCCGAGCGGUUCAUGUGUCGGGCUUUUGGAUUACUCGGCCAAUUACUGGGCUGACCAUUUCCGUGAAGCUUCGUUCAGUGGUUCGAUUAGCACUGUCCAUCGCGCGUUAAGGAUCUAUGACAUGGAUCUGGAAAGCGUUUCAAAAUGGUACCAGAUCUACAGGGAUUCGCAUUUUGGAGCUCCAAGCAAGGCAGAAUCUCUCCAUCUCGCAGCAUACUUUGGUCAUGAGGUUGUUGUCAAGUUGUUGCUAGAUGGAGGUGCCAAUAUCGAAGCGGAGGACAAAGAUGACGAAACACCACUUGCCUGGGCUGUUGAGGAGGGCUAUGAGGCUGUUGUCAAGCUUUUGCUAGAUAAAGGCGCCAAUAUCGAAGCGGAGGAUAACUUUGGCCAAACACCACUUGGCUGGGCCGCUGAUAGGGGCCGUGAGGCAGUUGUCAAGCUUUUGCUAGACAAAGGUGCUGAUUUCGAAGCGAAUGAUAAUUACUAUCGCCGGACACCACUUGGGCAGGCCGCUAAUCAGGGCUACGAAGGCGUUGUCAAGCUUUUGCUAGAUGGUGGUGCCAAUAUCGAAGCAAAGGAUAAGGAUGGCCAAACACCACUUGUCCGGGCUGCUGAUGAGGGCCAUGAAACCGUUGUCAAGGUUUUACUAGACAAAGGUGCCAAUAUCGAAGCAAAGGGUGCAGAUGGCCAAGCACCACUUGCCUUGGCCGCUGAAAACGGUCACGAGGCUGUUGUCAAGCUUUUACUCGACAACGGUGCCAACAUCGAAGCGAAGGAUAAAUCUGGCCGAACAGCAAUUGCCUGGGCUAUAGAUGAGGGCCGUGAGGCUGUUGUCAAGGUUUUACUUGACAGAGGUGCCAACAUCGAAGCGAAGUAUAAAACUGGUCGAACAGCAGUUUCCCGGGCCACAGAUGAGGGCCGUGAGGCUGCUGUCAAACUUCUGAAAAAUAGAUGGGCCAAUACCAGUUAA